AUGCAGGCACUCGCACAUCUUACGAUCUUGUCACACAUCUGGUCGCCUGCCGCGGUCAUCGUUGAGAAUGCCUCCAUCCGCGGGGGCCGAACAAUACCGCGAGUCCUUGGAAUAUAUGGGGCAGGCUGGAGCAACAGUUGGUUUCGUGUUUGCCCAGCCCCUUGCAGGAUUCCUGCGUCCGGCAGUCUCAGAGCGGUGCUUUCCGCCCUCUUCCUCAAGGUGUAUUCCAGGAUUUGUUGUAACUUCGCCAAGGAUCCCUUCAAUAUGCGCUUUACAAGAAUUGCGAGACGGAAAUUCUCGCCGCUCGCCCAUUUUUGA